GUGCAGGCCGGGCAAAAGGGGGCGGGGCCAAGGGGGUGUCAUGGCGGCGCCCAUGGUGGAAGCUCCCCAGGGGGCCCCUCCCCCCCUCGGGACCACCCACGACGCGGAGGAGCCGGAUGCUUUGGAGUUCCCCCCCUACGAGCUGAGCCGCCCCCCCCGGCCGGUUUGGGGGGCGCGGGAUGAAUUCGCCCACCGGCCCCACAAUUUUCUCCGGGGCUGCAAAUGGGCCCCCGAUGGUUCCUGCGUCCUGACGUGCAGCGAUGACAACACCCUGCGGAUCUUCGACCUCCCCUCCCCCACCCCGGGACCCCCCCUGGGGCCGCCCCUCCCCCAGCUGGCGCCGGCGCUGCGGGUGCCGGAGGGCGACACCGUCUACGACUUCGCCUGGUUCCCCCUGAUGGACUCAACCCAGCCCCACACCUGCCUGGUGGCGGCCAGCAGCCGGGACAACCCCGUGCACCUCUGGGACGCCUUCGACGGGACCCUGCGGGGCUCCUUCCGCGCGUACAGCCACCUGGAGGAGCUGGUGGCCCCCCACUCUCUGGCCUUCGCCCCCGACGGCUCCCAGCUCCUGGGGGGCUUCGACGGCGCCGUCCGGCUCUUCCCCACCCAGCGCCCCGGGCGGCACUGCCAGGAGAGGGGGCUGCAGCAAGGGGGGCAGGGCCAGCGGGGCCUGAUUGGCUGCCUGGCCUUCAGCCCCACCCAACCGCUGUUCGCCUGCGGCUCCUAUGGGCGGAGCCUGGGGCUGUACGCCCUGGAGGGGGGCGGGGCCUUGGCGCUCUGGCCCCGCCUCCCCGCUGCCCCCACCCACCUCCGCUUCAGCCCCGACGGGAACCGCCUCUACGCAGGGGGGCGCAAGGACCGUCACAUCCUGUGCUGGGACCUGCGCAGCCCCGAGCGCCCCCUGCUGGGCCUGGAGCGGCGUGUGGGCACCAACCAGCGCGUGACCUUUGACCUUGACCCGACAGGGCGGUUCCUGGUGAGCGGUGACACCGACGGCUUCGUCACCGUCUGGGACACCCUGACCCCCCCGGUACCGGGGGAUCCCCCGCUGCUGACCCCCCACCUGCGCUUCCGCGCCCUCUGCGACUGCGUCAACGGCACCAGCCUACACCCCGGGCUCCCGUUGUUGGCCACCGCCUCGGGGCAGCGGCUGUUCCCGGCGCCGUGGGACAGUGACGAGGAGGGGACGGGCGAGGACGGGCCACCCCCGGGGGGGGACAAUCGCCUGCAGCUCUGGUGGUGGGGAGAGGAACCCCCCGGGGACGACGGCUGGGACCCCCCCGGGGACACCGACUGGGACACACACGGGGACGACGGCUGGGACAACCCUGGGGACACCGGGACUGUGUCCGCCGACUGUCACCCCCCUGGGGACACCGGAACCAGCCUCUCCAUGGACGCCAACUGUCACCUCUUUGGGGACAACGGCUGUGACACCCCCGGGGACACCGAUUGUCACCCCCCUGGGGAUGCUGAUGGUGACAGUGCCGGGGACGCCGACUGUCCCCCUUCUGGGGACACCGACUGUGACACCCCCAGGGACACCGGCACCAACCACCCCGUGUACGACAGUUGUCACCCUCCUGGGGACACCAACUGUAACCGCCCCCAGGGACACCAACUGUGACGCCAGAACUGACCUCUCCAUGGACACCGUCACACACCCCCCGCCCCCCCCCCCCCCCAGUGGCGACACUGACCCCCACCCAGGGCCACCAGCUGUGACCUACAGCCCCCACGGGGAACCCCAGGGUUGGUGUGACGUGGUGGCCGGGUGUGUGUGUGUGUGUCAUUUUUAGGGUGUCAAGCUGGGUUUUGGGAUGUCACCUAUGGGGGCUGGUUGAGGCUUUGGGGGGGUGGUGGGGUGGGGGUGGGCCCCACUCCACUCAUCGGCGUUGCCCAUUUAAGAACCUCCGGGGCCGGGCUUCCUCUCCCGGGGGGGGGGGGGCGGGACAUCCCGGCUGAGUGACAAACAGCAACACCCAAUCAGCGCUC